CACGGCCAUAAUCUAAAUUUUAUUAGAGCUGAUAACAGAUAAGCGUCCUUUAUAGAUUGGACGUCGAGUGAGUAUAAAAGCCAGCACUAUUCGAAAUGCAAGCCAGUUAAGUGCAUAUCUAUAAUUUAGCACAAACGUAAUUCAACCAAUAAACAAACAAAAAAAUAAAAAUUCGAAAAAUGACUGAAACUUUGGAGCAGCUCAUGGAAAACGUUCCCUCUGUAGAGGUCGUCUAUUCCUCGGGCGUUAAGGUGGAACGCGGUAAUGAGCUCACCCCCACCCAGGUUAAAGAUAAGCCCACCACUGUCAGCUGGCCCGCAGAAGAUGGUGCCUUCUACACGCUGCUUUUCCUCUGCCCCGAUGCUCCCUCGAGAACAGACCGUAGAUGCGCCGAUACAUGGCACUGGCUGGUGGUGAAUAUACCUGGCAGCAAUAUUGCUGAGGGUCACACUGUUGCCGAUUAUAUUGGCGCAGCACCAGGCGAUGGCGCAGGAUUCAACCGUUACAUCUAUGCAGUCUUCAAGCAACAAGGAAAAGCCGAAGACGAUCAGCUUCAGUCAGAUAUGCCCUUGGAGAAGCGCGCGAAGCGAAACACCAAAGAAAUCGUGGAAAAAUACAAUUUAGGGAAGCCUAUUGCUAUCAGCUAUUUUGAAGCGAAAUUUGAUGACUACGUUCCCGAAUUAUUGGCGCGGCUACCAAAAUUGGAAUAAAUGGGGUCGCUGGAAAAAAAAGUUUUUAAUUGCAACAACAACUUAACUUUUUAUUUUUUUAAAUUUUUUUAAAUUAAAUACCAGUUUUUGGUAACUAAUUACUCCUAGUUUGAAAGUUUACUUUAAAAUGAUUUUAGAACUUAAUAAAUAUAUAUAUACCUUUUUGUC